UGGUGGGCGUUUUCGUGCGGGUUCGCAGGGACGCCACCACUUUGCGGUGAGUGCGUGGAUUCGAGGUGCGAGACACUAACCAUCACUCCCCCUUCACCACCACCUCUUUCCAGACACAGGGGGCCGGGAGGCAGGGCGCGCAGGAGCAUCCGGAUUAGGGUUGGGAUGCGCCAUCAUCCGCCGGGGGGCGUCCGUCCUCGCCGCAACCCGUUCGUCCCGUGACGCUUAUGGGCUAGGAGCUUCCCUCGCCGCCGUGCCCGAAAGCCGCCUUUUGCGUGGGCCGGGAUGGGCAGCCCGGGAUGCGAGGUGGAUCUCUCCGGGCCUCCCGAGCCCACCCUGGAGGCCCCGUGCUCGGAGUGCGGCCAGGUGCACCGCAGCAGGGAGAACCACUUGUACAACUACCGGCUGGAGGUGGACGACGACCUGGUGUGCCACAUCUGCCUGCAGCCGCUGGUGCAGCCGCUGGACACGCCGUGCGGCCAUACCUUCUGCGCCCGAUGCCUGCGCAGCUUCCUGCAGGAGAGGGACUUCUGCCCGCUGGACCGCACACGGCUGCAGCUGCCGGCGUGCCGCAGGUCCAGCAUCCUGGUGCACAAGCUGCUGGACAAGCUGUCGGUCACGUGUCCGCUGACGCCGCUGUGCUCACUCAGCAUGCCCAGAUGUGACUUGGAGGCACACCUCAAACACAGGUGUCCCGGGACGCGAUGUCAGCAGACCAACGUGGACAUUCCGCGCAAGGAGAGCGGCGGCGGCGACGAACGAGCGAUGGUCAAAAGUCCUCCGCGGUCCCCCCGCUCGCCGCAGACCGACCUGGGCGAUGCCACUCCCUCGCCGCCACUCGCCUGUGACAACCCGCCGAUGAGGACCAACGAAGCGGGCUUGGAUACCCCUGCCUUCGAGGAGAGCACUGAGGAAGACAGUGUGUUGGGGAUGGAGUGUAACAUCCCCAGGGUGAAGCGACCCCUCAGUAACCCUUGCAUCCACCUCCUCCGCUCAGUCAGCUCAACAUCUUCUGGCUGGGACUGCCCCGAGUCUCCGCCUCUUUCUGCAGAAGAAGGAUGCGUCAAGCUGCCGUCGCUUCCGGAAGGCGAGAUAACAGCAGUGGAGGUGCACCGAGCGAAUCCGUACGUGGAGCUGGGCAUCAGCAUCGUGGGCGGGAACGAGACGCCACUCAUCAACAUCGUGAUCCAGGAAGUGUACCGAGACGGCGUCAUUGCGCGGGACGGGAGGCUGCUGGCGGGGGACCAGAUACUGCAGGUGAAUAACGUGGACAUCAGCAACGUGCCGCACAGCUUCGCCCGCUCGACGCUAGCGCGGCCGUGCACCACCCUGCAGCUGACCGUCCUCCGAGAGCGGCGCUGCGCGUCGCGGGCGCCGCCCUCCGCGCCGGCUGUCCCCAAAGCCCCCUGCUCCACCCCCGAGGGUAACCCGCCUAGCCCCGUGUCGCUGAGGAUCACCUUGCACAAGCGCGACUCGGCCGAGCAGCUGGGCAUCAAACUGGUGCGACGGACUGACGAGUCCGGGGUCUUUGUGCUGGACCUGCUGGAUGGGGGGUUGGCGGCUAAAGACGGCCGGCUGCGAGGCAAUGACCGUGUUUUGGCUGUCAACGAGCAGGACCUGCGCCACGGGACCCCCGAGCAGGCUGCACAGAUCAUCCAGGCUAGCGGCGAGCGCGUGCACCUGCUCAUCGGCCGAGCCAGCAAACCGACUCCGCCGCCGCCGCCCAAAUCCAGCUCCACCAGAGAUCUCUACUGCCUUGAUCACUUCCUGCCUAACCACAGCACCAGCCUCAGUCCGCUGCCCUUGCACCUCUCCCGCACCAGCACGCAUCGGGACCUGUCCCAGUGUGUCACCUGCAAAGAGAAACACAUCACUGUGAAGAAGGAGCCCCACGAGUCUCUGGGCAUGACGGUGGCGGGUGGUCGGGGCAGCAAGAGCGGCGAGCUACCCAUCUUCGUGACCAGCGUCCAACCGCACGGAUGUUUGUCGAGAGACGGGCGAAUCAAACGAGGCGAUGUUCUCCUGAGCAUCAACGGGCAAGACUUGACGUACCUGAGCCACACCGAGGCGGUGGGCACCUUGAAAGCCAGCGCCGCAUCGGCCUCGGUGCAGCUACGUGUGCUGGAAGUGAGCAUGGUGGAGGAGCGCCAGCGGGACCAGCUGCUUAAUCACGCCCACGACAGCGACUUUGAUGCCAACUGGUCGCCUUCCUGGGUCAUGUGGCUGGGGCUGCCCAGUUACUUGCACAGCAGCCACGAGAUCGUCCUGCGGAGGAGCCACCCUGGCAGCUGGGGCUUCAGCAUCGUGGGGGGCUACGAGGAGACCCACGGCAACCAGGCCUUCUUCAUCAAGACCAUCGUCCUCGGCACCCCCGCCUACUACGAUGGCCGCCUCAAGUGCGGCGACAUGAUCGUGGCGGUCAACGGCCUGUCCACGGCGGGAAUGAGCCACUCUGCGCUGGUCCCCAUGUUGAAGGAGCAGCGCAGCCGGGUGGCGCUGACAGUCAUCUCCUGGCCUGGCAGCCUCGUAUAGCCCGGGGCCUUGUGGAACUAACUGGUACAUGCUUAACUGUAUAUUGCGCCGGGAUUCUAAUAGAGGACCAAAAAGAGAUGAGAUCGUGCAAUGCCACUCCAUAGACUGGACCCCCCAACACACUGCUCUGCUCAUGUCAGCUUCACUUUAGCGGGUCGGGCUGAGGGACACCCACAUACACAAAUUGCAGGCAGUAUGUCCUGUCUUUUCCCCACCCCAUAGCAAUUGUAAAUUCCAGUGCUCCAUUCAGGUGGAUGGACAGUUCUAAAAGUUGAAACCUUUCACAUUCAACACCAGUGCUGGAUCCGGAUGAAUAACAACCCCGCCCCUCGAAGCCCUCAUUUGAGAAAGCUGCCACAGCCUGGGGCUCAUUAUGCGCUCAGGCCCCCAUCACCAUGACAACCACCUGUAAUUUUAUAUAUGUGAAUGUGUGUAUCCUGUUUGUUU